AUGUCUAUCGAUAUCAAUCCCACUCACAUAUCAUACAUACAAAUCUUUCCCCCCAUAGGCAUUGCUCGCCUGGGAGACUCUGGGUUCGAUCUGAGCACCGGAAACAUAGAUGACGACUCGGAAAUCGACUGGUUUCUCCCUUCUGAGAUUCCUGGCACUGAAGAUAUGCCUGCUGACCUAGGCAAGUUCAGAGAUGAAAAGAACCGCAUCAAACGUCAGGCUGUUCGUUUCCGUGUCUACGCAUAUCGCGAGAAUGGCGAUAUACUUGGAGAAAUCACAUUACAAACUAAGCCGACGACGUAUAACAUCACUUGGCGUGUCCACGUUGCUAAUCAUAAAGGUGCAUGGCACGAGUUCUCAGGCCAGUACGAGCCAAUGCCAAAUGGGCUUAGGAAUCCUGAUGUGCAGCCUUCGUUUAGGCCCGAUCAGCGGUCAGAUUUGAUCGUCGACUCUAAAGUCCAAACGAUAACGGCGGGUACUCUCGAGGAGGUAUCACUGACAGGGCUUUUUCGUGGUUCUCGAGCAGCUUCGGUAGACGUUCAUCUGGGUGAAAUCCGCACAAACGAGCAAGGCCACCUUAUCUUCAUAGGCGGAGCUGGCUACUCACGUUCCGUCGGAAACCCAGGGCAAGCACACUUCCAACCCGACAUCAUUUCGGAAUUUGAUAGCAUCGACUGGGUCGACGACACCUGCGACGGCUGGGUUGAUGUCACAGUUCAACAUGGGGACUUGACUUUCACUGCUCUCCAGAAGUCGACUGUCUUGAGUGCGCCUCCGAAGUUUUCAUGGGGUAUCCAGUCGCCCACUACGUUGUACGACCUCCUUGAGAAUAUCUACAACGACAGGAUUGGCUGGAAGGAUCACGAUUACACACAAUUCUAUCAGGAUAUAUGGCCUGUCAUGCAUGGCUCCUAUGCACUUUCCUGGGUCAAUCGUGAAGCGUACGAUGGCCAUGGUGUUUCCGGGAAGGGAAACUUCUUGACCAUGAAAGAUGACCUGGCAAGCCUAGAGGAUACUACGAAAAUUCAAGCGCUCCGCGAUCACAUCUUUAGUCGUCUGAGACUUCCAGACUACGAAGACCGAGUCCAAGCUUCCACAAAGUAUAUGCCUCGGCUCUCUGGUAACGACGGCGAUGCACUUGAGCCUGGUGAGCCCCUGCGCCCGGGUGACCCCAUAAAACGGUUCGCAGCCUUCACGAGGCUACAGUACCAGCGGUUCCUCCAAUGGAAGCGCGGCCAGUUCCUCGCAAGUGAUGCGCCGUGGAGUCGAUUUACAGAGUUUGACGAAGUUCCCCCGGCUCUGCAACCAUCAUUCUUGACGCGUGCAGCUCUCGAGCACACAGUGGGAGAACCGCUCUACCCAGGAAUCGAGGUGUACUGGGCUGCGAGGGAGCCGAAGAUGUAUCUCUUUGACACCUCCCGAAAGGACAAAGAUCCUCCCUUCCGCUUCAAUCAUGAGGUAGUCAAGCCAGGGUAUCUCGGACGCGGUCUAAGUCUGCCGUGGCAGAGCGACUUCGACCAGUGCAAUACCCAUUGGUGGCCCUCGGCUCGUCCCGACGACGUCAUCAAUAUCGGUGAUUUUGAAUCGAAGGACAAUGUUCCUGUGGAAGACUUCAUCAGAGAUAUCGCUCCAAAAACGAAAAAGUGGACCCGCGGUCUUCGAGAUACUCCAGAUUAUCCCACCGAGUAUUACCCAGGAAGUACAGACAUGGUUCGUCACUGGCAGAAGCUCGGAUUUGUGGUCAAAGUUCCUAUCGUGAUUGGGGAAUCACCUGACCUACCAGUCUGGGCGGAGAAGGAGCGCAUGCCCAUCGAUGACCCGCUAAAACAUAAGUUCCAGAUUCCCUUUGUUUCAGCUUGAGUAUCUUGUAUCACUUACUUCCCAAUGUAUAUUACUGGACACUGAUUAUUUUUCCUUUGCUAAGUCCAUUAUAUAUAUUUAAAAAAAUUGGACUUAGCAAGGACUCCAAGGAGUCCCAGUUUGCAAC